GAUUUCAAUUUUAUUCCAGUUCCUAUUUUCUUGCCUAGGUAGUACUGCCAUAAUCUUAACGAGCGCAAGAGGAUAUUACAAGUCUUAAAAGCACAGCUAGGGGCAACUGGACAGACGAAGGAUGUGCCGAGAACCCCCGGUAGAGAAAAGGGGGCCCUACAUUAUGAGCAAACCACCUUCUAUUCAGGACAAGCUACAAAAACACCGUGAGAUGGCGAAGGCGAUGCUGCGGAGGAAGGGGGUGCUUUCGGGAGCCGUCCGGCAACAGCCCAAACCAGGAGCCGUGAGGACGAUGAAAUUCAACAAGGGCUACACUGCGCUCAGCCAGAUCUCAGAUGAAACCCUGGUGUCCCUUGAUUCUGACAGUGAUGACCUGGAAUCGAGAUGUUCCUCUGGUUAUUCCUCGGCCGAGGUCCACCAGGAUCUCAGUCGCCAACUGCUGCAGGACGGCUACCGCCUGGAUGAGAUCCCGGACGAUGAGGAUCUUGAUCUCAUCCCACCCAAGCCCAUUUCGUCCUCGCCUUGCUCCUGUUGCUUUGGGGAGUCUGCCUCCUGCUCCAUCCAGUAGGAAGACGGUUUGGAGGACUUGCACUGCACGGGUCAAGAAUUCAGCACUUUUCUUCCCAACCAACUUUUUGUCUUUGUUUUGGGUUUGUGGAUGCUUGCUGAGCCCAGCACAGAACUUUAGGUCAAACCAGCAGGAUGGGGGAGCCCUGGAGACUAGGCACCUGGGGGCAGCAAGACAUUGCACUGUUGGCACCUUGCUUGGAGCUCCAAGGGUCCUCUCGGUGGUGCAGCGUAGAAGUGGAUUAACUGCAAGGGCUCAGGAGGCUGGUGGAUUCUCCUUGCCUCAAGUUGCUUCUGUGGACGGGCCCGGCACACCCGAGGAAUAAUCCAAAGGCAAGACCUCCCUAUAAAAGGUGAACGGAAAACCCUCUCUCUGUGUGUGUCCACGCAUGUGAAAGCGAGCAAUAGCCAUUCUGAUACGAGUUUUACAAAAUGCCGGGGUUGCAGAGGUCAGUGGAUGAAGGAAAAAACCCUCAGUGCUGCACAGGGACGGAGGAAAGAGAUUUUCCUGGCCUGUCCCGGCUCCUGUAGUCUUGGGUUGCUGCUUCUGCGGAGAGGGAAGUCCUUGAAAUGUUUCUGCACGACCUCCGUUCUUGCGCAAGGUGGGCAGAGCAGCUUGGGCCAAGUCUCUGGGGGACUUGGGCCUUUUCUUGGUCUCCAGCCAGCCUGCUGAUGGCUUUGGUUUCUAGAACCGUUGACCGCUCUUUCUGUUCCCUUUAGGAAGAUGAAGGGGAGGGGGUUGAAGGUGCCCGAGCUGGUCUUCAGCCUGUCAUUGACCUCAUGGACGAGUCCCAAGGCAACUUAACCAUAGCAAUAGCUUAUCCGUACAGGCGAAGCAAUGGGAUCCCUCUCCUGUCUGAAGGCUGGCCCUCUCGGAUCCAUGGGCCAGCCUGGCAAUGAAACAGCAGAUCUCCCGAGAAACUGCUGGGCUUCAUAUGGGAGCGAUGGCUGCCAUUUAGUAGCCAAACAAUUGAUUCCUUCGGUGAUUCUGACGGGAGUUGGUGCUGGUUUGGACCCACUUCCUUUCUUGGGAAGUUAAAGGAAGUAACAGGGGAGACCAAGCGAGGAGGAGAAGGCUGAGCCCUCUGGGACACAUUGCCUCAUUUCUGCCCUGCCUGGCCUGGCCUAAUCAGGUUUGUAGUCAAUUAACGCCCCCAUGUUAUUGAAAGAGCUGUCACUUUCCACGUUCUCUCACCCGGCGUCCUUCAAGUGGAUUGGAUUACAAAUCCCAUCAUUCCCGUGCUUAGAAACAGCGUCCGGAGACCACCAAGGGGAUGCAGUCUGCUUUAAAUUAACCCCUAUAAAAAGACGCCUGCAUGCUCUCAACCCAUUUCACCUCUGGAGCUGCUUGUAGGAGAAAAAGGAUGAGUUUUAGGCAGCUUGUAUGGACAGUGUAAGUGUGUAACUUGGGUGCCAAGCAGUAGCAGGGAACAAGGGGUAAGAUCUAAUCUUCCUGGACCACCAGCACUGACUGACUGACUGACACAGAACAGAGACGGUCCAUUGUUUGCCAUUUUAAGCCGGCUGUUCUAAAACAGCAUUUCUCAACCGAGCGCUUCUCAGAGGCGUCGAUGGGGCAGCUGGAACAUCCAGCUCUGGUGACAGUGUGUGGUGGGGACCCUGGGUAAUGGGGGUGUUCAGCUGUACUCUAUGCGGGGGUCGUGGAAUUCAUCAACAUGAACUUGUCCGUCUUUGCUUCAUUGGUUGCGGGGGACCCAGUGUUACCUCUCAGGGCAUGUAGUUUGAUGGCAGAAGAUCUAGAGUUCUUCAACUGCAUCUCUGCAGUUUGAAAAGGAUGCCCCAGAGUUGACAUCCUGGGCAUCUCAAUGCUGCUCAUAGCAAAAGAAAAAGCUGUUUCUUCCUUAGACGCACAGAUCUGCUCUUGUGGCUUAUGUCUCGUGAUUUCCUCCUAGUCCACAUCUUCUCCGGCUUCAGGUGGCAUUGCCCAGGAUGAAAUACAAAGAUGCCGCUCUGGAAGCUGACUUGCCUCCAUCGGCGCAAAGUACGCUGUCUUUUUUCGAGCCACCUGCCGUGGAUGGCCGUUAGAUGGCAGCCAAGACACGGCACCCCUGGCACCUUCUAGGCUGCCUUCUACUGGUUAUCUGGAGUUUUCCACCCCAAAUCUGGUUGCUCCAGCCUUUUUUAAUCAAACUAUCCAACAUGAGUUACUAGGCAGGCAGUAACUGCACGCACUGGAUUUUUUGCCCUGCUGGGGAACAUCACCAGCGAGUUAAUUUUUUAAAAAGUCACCUUGUACAUACAGGCCUCUGCAGAAUUGGCUUGCAAGAGCUGUAGAAUCUGCAUUUCACAGCCUGGUUCCCUCCAUAUGUGCUGAACAGUAGCUGGAAUGUUCAGAAUUGAAGUCUUGACCAGUCGGGAAAAUGCUAGGUUGGAGAAAGCUGCACUAAACUAAACCAGUAACUUUGUGGUUUGGGUUCCCUUUCUUAAAAGCUGCUGUCCCUUGCAUUGAUUAGGAAUAUGGGCUUCUUUGCCGGCAGGAUCUCCACAGGUGGUUUCUCCAGGACUGAAAGUAAAACGUUCACGGCGGAGUUCAUGUUACUCACGCACAGCUAGUUCCGUAAGCUUCAGUGGCGUGUGUCUUCAUAGAGGCUUGGAAUUUGAGGCUUGGAUGGGACCUUAAAGAUCAUCUAGUCCACACCCCUGCCCAGAGCAUUUAUCUACAUAUAUAAUUUUGCAGGAGAGGAACUAAGACACUAGCAGACCUUGUAGAAUCACAUCCUCCCUCAGUUCUCUGCUACAAAGCCAAGGGAAUGGAUGUUUCUACCUAUAUGGGCAUUUUUAGAGCAGAGAUCACUACAUCUGCCCAGUAGUUUUUUUCAAAGCUGCCUUAAAACACUGAAAUGCAUUAUAUGAAGUUUAAAAAAAAAAAAAAAACUGAACUGCACAGAGGACAAUCUUAUGGGAUAUUUAAUAUUAUUGUAUACUCAGUUAAUUAUGUCUUUUUUUUUGUACAUUCUAACCAAGGAAAGCGUCUAUCAAUAAAAUAACCUUCUACCGU